GAUACCACUGCUGUUCUGGCUACAAGUGCAGAGCACAGCACUGUAUGGGUUGCUGCAGGGAAAGUUAACAUCCCAGCCAGACCCAGUACAACCUCAUUGCAGCCUUCCAAUGAAUCUCUUUUGUACUGUUAACUUGGGAAUGAAGAACUCAAGAGAAAAGUCUCUUUAAAGUUUUCCUCCCCAGUAAGCUUGCCAUUUUCAAAAAAAUGAAAAAAUGUUUGAAGAACUAAGAAAAUAUAUUUUGAUGCUUUAUGCGUUCCAGAUACCUUCUGACUGAAGAAAGCAAACAAACAAACAAACAAACAAACAAAAAAAACAUAAAUAGGAAAUGAGUAGCAAAACGUCUUUUUUGUUUCUUGUUUAUUUAUUUAUUUAUUUAGUUUUCCCCUUUAACAUUUUGAAGGCAAUCAGAAAUUAUGAAGAUAAGCCUUGAAAGCCCGUAAGUGGUGAACAAGCAGCAAAACUUAUGUUUUGCCUAGAGAGCUUUCCCAAAGUGUCACUCAGAAGAUGCAGUAGAAAGACACAACUUGGAUGAAAUGUGCUGUGAAAAUGUCCCAGAGCAAAAUCUUGAGUUAUUUUUAUGUACUUCAAAAUGAUUUUCUUUUUCACAAUAGAAUUUCAUUUUACAGUUACUGAGCUGCUACAUUUGAGCUUUUUUUCAGAAAGCAUGGUUUGGUUAGCUGAAAUGUCUGUAGUGUUUCUGGUGAAUUCUGGAUGCAGUUUUUUCAAAAGGAUUUUUCCUCUUACUGACAGGCUGUAGAUGUGUCAUCAGCCUUGCAGUAGUAGCUAGGGUGUUCUAUGGAGUGUCUCCACCCAUGGCAUUACUCCCCAGAGAUGCUUGGUAAAGACUGAAUUCAAUGUUUGGUACAGUUCCACCUUUGUCUGCCUGUCUUCAUAAAAGUCAAGACUGACCAAAAGGUAGUUGAAUCUAGAAGGGUUUCUAUCUAAUGAGAUGUUGUAGUCAAUGUAGGAGAUUGUUAAUAAUGCUCUAACUACAGAGUAAAGGACGUAUCUAAUCUAAGGACCUGAGCACAGACUGAAACCUCAUCAGUACCUAAUGUGUUUGUAGAUUGGAAAAGGUCUGAAGCACAUACUCAAUAUUAUGUGUAGUGGUUCAUACGUAAGUGAGUAGAUAAAUACUAUAUGAAUCUGCUUUAUUAUGUGUAUGGAAAAUUGAGAUUAUUCUUAUGAAUUGCAUUAUGCCUAAUCAACUUGUAAUAAUAGUUUAUUCACUAUGAAUUCCAUUCCUGAGGCAGGAAUUUUAUCUUUAUGCACAGUAUUUAACAAGAAAUUAUAUGACUGCUGUUGAAUCUGUGUGGAAGUUUGUAUCCUGCCAUAGCAAAGCAUUUUGAAAGUGUUAUGUGUUAUCUUGAUGUAUUUGAACAGGACCAUGUAUAUGAGUAUUUUGAAAUCAUUAUUUAAAAAAAAAAUCAUGAGUGCAAUAAGUACUGUUGAUUGUGCAUAUUAAUUCUUUCAGUGAAUAGUAGGUCUUUGCUGUCUGAGUUCAUACGUGUAAGUUUAUGUAUUGUUUUUUAGCAUGCAUUAGUUUGAAUGAUACCUAUUAUAUCUACUUAUGCAAUUUUUUACACAUAUCCUUAUGAAAAGAUACAUAUCCUUAUAUGAAAGUGUGAAGAGUGGCUGUCUACAUGACCAUUUGCAAUUAAUUCUGUAUCUGUCUAUGUGAAGUUCAUGAAAUACAUGUUAAAAAAUCUGUCUUGGGACAAAUAGAGAGCAGGAUGUAAGGAAAGGAGGUAGAAUGGAAGGUCAGAUCAGUAGUGACUUUGAUGCUGCUCCAAAAUGUUUAUUUGAGAAACACAAUCUUUAAAAAGAACACCUUCACUACUUAAAAUUAUCACAUUCUGAUAUUGAUUACUUCCUUAACAGACAAAUCCUGUCUUUUUCCAAAAGAUGGUAAAUGACACAGCAGUACUGGAAUUCAGGCUACUGGGUUUCAGUGGCAACCCACAGUACCAGAUCCUGCUAUUCAUAGUGUUCUUGGUUAUUUAUAUUCUCACCAUUUUAGGAAACGUCAUUAUUAUUUCAGUAGUGACACUGGAGCCACGACUUCAUUUACCCAUGUACAAAUUUCUCAAGAACCUCUCUUUCCUAGAGGUCUGUUACACCAGCACAAUUGUACCCAAGAUGCUGGCCAAUCUACUGGCAGAGAGGAAAAGCAUCUCUUUCUCAGGGUGCAUGGCACAGCUUUUCUACUUCAUUACCCUGGGAGCCACUGAGUGCUACCUCUUGGCAGCAAUGGCAUAUGACCGAUACCUUGCAGUCUGUGAACCCCUGCACUAUAUUGUGACUAUGACUGCUGAGUCUUAUACUCGUAUGGCUGUGGGCUCCUGGAUCACUGGUGUCUUCACUGGUUUUCUCCCCUGUCUGAUGGUCUCCAGAUUGCACUUCUGCAGUUGCAACCUCAUUGAUCAUUUCUUCUGUGAUAUCUCUCCACUGUUGAAGCUCUCAUGCUCAGACACCACUGUAACAGAAGCUGUCAUCUUCAUCCUCUCUCUCCUGGUCCUUUCCAGCUGCUUUCUGUUGAUUCUUGUCUCAUACCUACUUAUAAUCCUCAGUAUCCUAAAGAUUCCCUCUACUUCUGGAAAAAGAAUGACUUUCUCCACCUGUAGCUCACACCUCAUGGUUGUGACUAUAUACUAUGGUACAAUGAUUUCCAUGUAUGUCCGUCCCUCCUACCGCCUAUCCUCAGAGCUCAGCAAGGCUGUAUCUGUGCUCUACACAGUGGUGACACCCCUUCUGAAUCCAGUCAUCUAUGGUUUGAGAAACAAAGGAUUCAAGGAGGCAUUGGAAAAAAUAGUCAUCAGACACCAUCGUCUUCGUGCUUUGUAAGAUGGGGAGAGUUCAACUCUGACUCUUGUUAUCCAGUUAAAAUUAUCCUAUGAACCUACAAUUUGUUAAUUUCUGUGUCUUUGUUAUAUUCUGAUUACAGUGCAGGUUGUUAUCUCAAUAACACAUUACAGUAACAGUUUCUGCUUUUUUUAUAAUGAAUAAUUCAAGCCAGUUAUUACUGUUAACCAAAAUAACUCCUGGCAUAUUCUCAUGCUUUACUUUCCUCUUUUUCUUUUUCCUUUCUCCCUCUCUA